UUGAACCAUUAGAGAGAGAGGAGCUUCAGAGGAGGAUUCAGCUGAAUACUGACCUCUCUUUCCUCAUACAACACAUUAUUUAUCUGUGAACGUCUUUAAAUAAUUGAAAUGGUGCCAUUGAAGCAGCUCUUCAUCUUUUGCCUGAUAGUGACAGCGGCGGCAAGCGCAGCAACCAGCAUGACUGUCACAACCUCUGCCACGACUGUAUACACUUCUGCCCCAGCCACAGUCACUUCCGUCCCAGCUGCAGUCACUUCCGACCCAGCCGCAGUCACUUCCGAGCCAGCCGCAGUCACUUCCGACCCAGCCGCAGUCACUUCCGUCCCAGCCGCAGUCACUUCCAACUCAGCCACAGUCACUUCCGACCCAGCCGCAGUCACUUCCGAUCCAGCCGCAGUCACUUCCGAUCCAGCCGCAGUCACUUCUGACCCAGCCGCAGUCACUUCCAACUCAGCCGCAGUCACUUCCGACCCAGCCGCAGUCACUUCCAACUCAGCCACAGUCACUUCUGACCCAGCCACAGUCACUUCCAAUCCAGCCACAGUCACUUCUAACCCAGCCACAGUCACUUCUGACCCAGCCACAGUAACUUCCGACCCAGCUACAGUCACUUCCGACCCAGCCACAGUCACUUCCGACCCAGUCACAGCCACAACGACAACCAUUGCCACUACAACACUAGGUCCCUGUGGUUCGAACCCUUGCCCUCAAGACAGCAGAUGUGAGGAGAUCUUUGAAGGAUUUAGGUGUUUGUGUCGGCCGGGACUGUUCUACAACGUAGAAGUGAAUUCCUGUAUUCGUGGGAAGAUUUUCUCCUUUGAACUAACAGUGAAUGUAAAUUACACUUCCGGUAUGGAAGACGAUAAAACAGAAAUAUUCAAAACAACAGCAGAAAAAAUCAUUGUGGAGCUCAAUGAAGCUUUUAUGAAUCAACCAGGAUACAGGGGAUCUAUAGUUUACAGUUUAAAGCUACGCAGUGUGUUUGCAGAUGUGGAAAGUUUCUUCCUUGCCAGCUCAGACGUUACGGACAACUUAGUAGGACAGUUGUUAAUUAAUGCAACUGCGAACAGUGGACAUAUCACUGACUUUACACAAAUUGACACAUGUACUAAAAAUUACUGUGAUGAGAUGACCACAACUUGUGAUGCUAAAGAUGGUGUUAUUAGCUGCAUUUGCAAAGCCGCAUAUGUGGCCUCGACUGAAUGGUCAACAGAACGGUCGUGCAUUGCUUGUCCCAGCGGUCAGCAAGCAGUGAAUUCGAAGACGUGUGAAGCAUGUGAUUUUGGUUAUUCUGGUUUCAACUGUGAUGAAUAUUAUCUCUUGGCUGUGGUCAUUAUCUCUUGUGUUUUGGGUGCACUGUUAAUUGCCGCACUUGUGGUUAUUAUAGUUCUGAGCUGCAGAGAGUCAAAGAAAAGCACCCAGUUUUCAGAGGACAGUAUGAAUUUCCAUAAACCUGUAGGAAUUCCCAGAAUCCCACGGGCAAACCAUAAUUCUGACUGGGAACAAGCCGAUCUGGAAGUGACAGACAGUGGAAGCACACAUGCACUGGUGACCAAAGACCAGCCAGAGAACAUAGCAAUGGAAAAGUACUAUGAUCCCUACAAUUAUUACACUAGGGGCAAUAGCAGCCAGACCCAUGCCAGGAAUGGGUAUGGGAAUGGGUAUGGCUCCAGAGGCACAAGGAAUCCCUACUAUGAUCCAGACGAAGACAGAAUCUGAGGUUAUUAAUUGCACAGUCUACCCAUAAUUAUAUAGAAAUAGAAAAUUAUGUUAACAUGUCAGUGGAUUCUAAAUUGAGGCCCUAUAUAUGGACUAAUCUACUGAAUUCGUUUACACUGUGAUUCUACUAAAAAAUCAAAAACAAUGAAGUAUUCAGAUCUUAUUUAUAUUUAUAAAAACUAUGAUAAGAUCUAUUUAUACCCAAGGCAUUAAUUGAACAGUAAUAAGCUCAAUAUAUAUAAAACCAUAAUUUAUAGGGUACUUUCUAAUUGGAGGAAACUGUCUUAAACCCUGUCCCAUAAAUUUCAUCUUGUAAAAAUAAUGCUACAUUUUAUGGUAUUUUCAUUUGUUUUAAAGUUUUAUUUCUUUUAAAGUUGGAAGACUUAGUUUUAUCAUGAGUUUAGCAUGGCUUUACUGUCAGACUGUGAGCAGUUAGAUUCCAUUAUUUUGAAGUAUGUGUCCCAAGGUUUAAGAAUUUUCAUUUAAGAAUUGUCACUACUGAAACACAAAUUUCUGCAGUCAACUACCAUGUUUUGUGUUUUGUUAACAAUAUUAUGACUAUAUGUGUAUACAGAAAUCCAAAGCUAUGUUUGUUAGACAUGUGCCCACCAUUUUUGAGUUGCUGAAAACAAGCUAAAAUGGUUUACCAAAACAGUCAGUACUCAAACAUUUGGUAAGUUUGGUAGUGCAUUUGUCUGAUGAAGUACUGUACAGUUUGUUAUUUUAUGUCUGUUUUUGGCAAACAAAAAAUGAAAGACAGAAAAUAAUUUGGAAAAAUUGUUUUAAAUCAUUUACCUCUUAGAAUGAACAAUAAAUCUGGGGAUUUCAGAUCAUCUUUGUCAUGGUUUAAUGUCUGAUGUAAUUCAGUGUGAAAAUUGUUUGACACAUUUCAUCUGUUUUCUUUUGCAUGUAUUUUAUGAUUUAAUGCUGCCUAGGCUGGAUCUUGGGUAAAUAGCACUCGCAAUAGCACUCACAUUGUAAAAAAUGAUUUGUCACUUCAGCUUACAAUCCUCCAUCUGCUGAUAAGAAAUUAGACGUUUUACUUAAUUCCAAUCAAUACUUUAAAAAACAGUGCAAAGCAGAUCAGUUUAGAUCAGAGGUCUGUAAUUAAAAUUCAGUAAUGUCCAGUCAAAGAAAAUUUCCUCAAGCAAAGGUCCGGAACCUCAUGAUGUCUAAUUGCAUUAUGAUUCAAUCCAUAUACUGUAUACUGAAGAAGUAGUUAUAUCAACAUCUUAUGUGGUCAGCAACUGAAUGUCAAAUCACAUAAAGUACAAUUCAGUAAUAUUUCAAUAAUAUUUAUUAUCAGUUUUCUCUUUUUAGAGCACAUCAUGUAAAAUAAUCUGGCCCACUUUCGCCUCGUCCCUCCCCUGUGUGUACGCCACUCACUCAACUCUCAGUGCUGAAUACUGUCACGUGUGAUUUGUACAAUGCAUGCAAUUGGUCUGUGAGUCUCUUGGGCCGCUAAAGAUGCACCAUAAAUGCUAGAAAUGGUAUGCCAAUUAAAAUAGGACCACCCAGUCAAAAUUAAAUAAUUCUCCUUAGUUUACUGGUUAUAAACUCAGGUACACACAGAACAGUGUCUGGGUCUGGACUCGGACCUCGGUCCACCUAUUAGUGAGCUCUGGUUUAGAUGAAGCAAAAUUAUCAUCAAUGCAAACCUCUUAAACACUUCAAAUCAACAUCUGUUCCAUGUUUUAUAAUGUACUAUAACUUUAGGUAAACUUUGUAAACAAAUAUGAAAUAUGCACAAUGAGCUAUGAUUUUUUGUCAGUUUUGCUAUUGUGGACGAGAUGAGUUUAUGUUUGAAUAAAUAUCCAUAACGAAAUACAGAUGUUCGUUUCUUACUACAUUAUUAAAAACAGAUAGGAAUGUCCACCAUUAGCAGUAAUGACAGUAGAAGUGAUAAGUUCAUAAUUAACUUAAACAUUUCAGUCUGAAAUGUUCACUGUCUGAACACUAUAAAAAUAGUUCAUCAGUUUAACACAAAAAAGAAAACUGCUAACUAGCAGUUAAACUAGUACUAGUAAACUGGUACUAAACAUGUUUAGCAGUAAAAACACUCCUCAAACUCAGAUAUUACAAUCAUGUCAAUAUUCAGUUUUCUCUGUGUUCUUCCAGUGGGCCAAACAUUUAACCCCAUAAUUAUUGGCACCCUUGGUAAUAAUUAUUAAAGGAAAAAUGUGUUUUUGAUUAAUUGGCUUAAUCUCACACUUAAAUUAUGCAAGAUAUUGAAGUAAAUCUAGUUUAAGAAAAAAAACUUUGAAAACAAACAAAGUGUCAGUUAUUGGCACCCCUGCUUUAUGCAUACUUUCUGCUAUGAUGCUUAAUGAGACUGAAGAUACAGAGCAAAGAAUCUGAGACCCCUCCACAGUACAGAAUAAUAAAAUUCUAAGAAAUAUGGAUAAUCAUUUUAAUAAAAAACAUUGACUUCAUGUGGAAAUAUGUAAAUUAACUGGUUUUGUUCAACAAAAAAUACUUUACAUACUUUGAAUGAACAAUUCUAUUGAAUGAGCCAUUGAGCUCAUUACCAACCCCUUACAGAGUUGUAGUAUAGCAGGAAAAGCAUUAAAAUGUGAAAGGCAGUGUGCCUGCGCGAUCAGGAUUGGGGCAUCACUGCUUUAGUGGAUCACGAAGACAAUUGUUCUGAGGUGAAGGAAACAAUACAUGGUUUUUACAAAUACAAGCUGUAAAAUUCCAAAAUGUUCUGUAUACGAAGUGAAGGAAUCACCCUGUAUGUGCACACAGUAUGUACUGUAACUUUACAGAGUUUUCUGUUAACCUUCUAGACAACCCCACAGUCUUUAAUCAGAAUUUUCAAUUUAUAAUAAAAUGUUUCACAGAUUUAGGA